AUGCGCUCCCCGUCAACGCCGGCCAGGUGGCGGCGGGUAGGCAGCGCACGUGCGCCGUACCCAAUCGGUGGAGGGCGCGGGGCCCCGGCCAAUAGGCACGGAGCGGGGCGGCGGCGGCACCUGCGCCUCCGCACCCGGCCGCAUCGCUCUCGGUGCGAUAUGCCCAGCUUCAGCGCCGUUCCGGUUAGAACUUUCGUCUCAGCUCGCGAUCUAAUUUUUUUGCGCAACUUUUGGGGU